AUGAUUGAAGAAUUGUUCGUUUCGAACGGAAUGGCAAAUGCUAUAGGAGGAAUUUAUAUAUUCAUUGGAAUUACUGGUUCAUUAUGCAAUAUGGCAACAUUGCUAAUGAUUACAUGUUAUCGGAUAUAUCGUUUAUCAGCCUAUACCAUUAUGGCAAAUCUUGCAUUAGCUGAUGCUAUAAUGCUCAUUAUUGCUGGUCUUGUUUGUGGCCUCAAUAUUAUUCAAGUGUCUUUUUUCAAUUACAACAAUACUGCUAAUAAUUCUAUUGAACUUCUAAAUAGCAGUAAAUCAAUUUUAAGCCCGAAAUUUAGCAAACUUUUUGAUCAUAACAAUACAAAUCCAAUGAUUCAUUUUCAAACUUUAAAAAUGAAUGAAAUUAAAAGUGAAUUGUACAAUUUAAACAGAAGUCAAUUCAAUACAAUUCUGAAAGAUUUGCAUUUUUCUAUAUUUUUGCUAUCAUUUCUUGAAAUAGCUGCUUGGACGGCAGGAAUAAUAAGUUACGCAUUAUUGGGUAUCAAUCGUUGUGUUGCUAUUUGCUUCUAUCGUACACGUGCUAAAUCAAUCAAUCGUGUGUCAUUUGCACUUCUUGGCUCUACAAUAACAUGGCUUAUUGGCAUUGUUGCAGCUUAUAUUGGAACAGUGCCUGUACCAUUGAUGGGUAUGCGAGUUGAUAUGUGGACAGUGAGUUUUUUGAGUACAGCUGGAAAAAGGCCGACAAUGUUUAUGGUACUUGCAUCAUCAUUCAAUUUUGCUAGCAUAUUAACACAAUGGUCGUGCUCUUUAAUGGUACUUAUAAAAAUAUACAAAGUUCGACGCAAAAUUAAUUGCAAUAAGUUAAAUAUUGGUAGUGCUAAAAGAUUUAAAAAACAGGCUCGUUUAACAUUUCAAUUCUUUUAUCCAUCCCUCAUUUGCACUAUUUCAUCGAUUAUAUUCUUUGCUAAGCCAUUCAUGGCUGAUAUAUUAACCAGUUGGCAGUUUGUUUUUCUACAUUUGGUUUGGCUGACUAAUCAUAUGUGUAAUCCAUUUAUCUAUGCAUAUUUCAAUGAACGUAUGCGUUUAACCUAUAGUCAAUGGUUGACAUGCACACCUUUACGAAAGUGUAUCCGUAAAUUCGAGAGGCAGUAUUCGCGAAAACAUGGCGAAUCUCUACGAGUAUCAAAACGAUCAAAUGUAGCUGCAUCAAUAACAAGAAAUUCACAUUGGCGUAGUCGAAGCAAUCGGAAUGAUAAUUUUGUACGAUCAAGCUUGCAAAUGCAAAGUCGUGAUUUUGAACAAUUUUGUGAAGUGAUGAUGAGUGUGAAUACAGCAAAUGAAAGCAGCGAAGGAUGGACAGAAAGUAGUAGCGAUACGGAAGCGGAACCGAUUACUGCAGCACCAUCACAAAUAUCAUCACGACGUAGCAAUAAUAUUCAUUCUGGAAAAGGUCUGGAAUUGCAUUCGCUUGUUUUUGAUUUGGGACGUCAAACGGUGGAACAUUGGGCUAAUUUUGCUAAGAAAGCAAGCCUUUGA